UAGCAGUUCAGAGAUAGUGGAAUUUCCCCAAGGCUAUGGACAGCCAAUCCGGGACUACGGUAGCUGAAAUGCGAAAGAGGCAGCAGUCACAAAAUGAGGGAACACCUGCCGUGUCUCAAGCACCUGGAAACCAGAGGCCCAACAACACAUGUUGCUUUUGUUGGUGCUGUUGUUGCAGCUGCUCCUGCCUCACUGUUAGGAACGAAGAGAGAGCGGAAACUGCGGAAAGACCCACGCUCACCACCAAAAUGGAGAGUAUCCAGGUCCUAGAGGAAGGCCAAAACCCCACUACAGAUGAAGUCUUGUCCUGGUCUCAAAAUUUUGACAAGAUGAUGAAGGCCCCGGCAGGAAGAAAUCUUUUCCGAGAGUUCCUCCGAACAGAAUACAGCGAAGAGAACCUACUGUUCUGGCUUGCCUGUGAAGACUUAAAGAAAGAGCAGAACAAAAAAGUCAUUGAAGAAAAGGCCAGAAUGAUAUAUGACGAUUACAUUUCGAUACUAUCACCAAAAGAGGUCAGUCUUGAUUCUCGAGUUAGAGAGGUGAUCAAUAGAAAUCUGUUGGAUCCCAAUCCUCACAUGUAUGAAGAUGCCCAACUUCAGAUAUAUACCUUAAUGCACAGAGAUUCUUUUCCAAGGUUUUUGAACUCUCAAAUAUAUAAGUCAUUUGUUGAAAGUACUGCCAGUUCUACUUCUGAAUCUUAAUUUUUAUUUAAAGAAAUCAUUUUGGAGGGCUGGGAUGGGAAAUAAAAGUUGUCAUAUAACACCAGACACGGAGUUCCUGGAGAACUACAGUUUAGCAUUCCUCAGGCUACUGUGAAAAUAAAACCAUAUGGUCUUUGUCUCCAUUUUUAUCAAGGUUAUCCAUGGUUAACUUUGGAGAAAAUACCACAUAAAACAAUGAAUUGCCAAAUUAAGUUUGUUGUACUCAACACUCAUACUACUUGCAAGCAAACUGUAUUUGUAGUCCUAUGAACAGUCUCCUAGUGUAUUUCCAGAGACUGCAUGUGCAAAGUCAAACUGCUUCAUUUGCCAUGUAGUUGUUGUAAUAUUUAAUCCAAUGACAUAACUUAUAUCUGUAUUUAAGGACUUUUGUGCAAUAUGGUCUCACAGAAAUAAUUGCCAAAAAGUGGGCUGUAGUUUGCAUUUUUAAAUAUAAUCUAAGACAGACAAAGCCAAUUUUUAAAUUGUAAACAAUAGUAUUCAACAUGCUAUAUACUGUGCUCAGUACACUCAUUUUGAAGCCAAUAUAUCUGUACAUGAAAAAAGAGCUAUUUAUCUCUGUUUGUUGGGAAAUCCCAAUGGGGCAUUCCUCUGGUUGUUCACUGCCAAAACUGUGGCAUUUUUAUUACAGAAGCAUUUGUUGUG